CGCCUAGUUUCAUUUUGGGCUUGAGUAAGUAACGCUAUCUUAUAAUCUUAGAUGUUUUACGAAAUGAAAGAAAACCCACAAUACACGAGAAAGCAAGGAACAGCAUGCAACAAGCAGUAAGUUUCUAGAGUGAACAAUAGAACUAGCCAAACGAUAUGAAAAUAGCUUGAUUGGUCUUGAAUAUUUGUGGAUUAUGUAGGAUCAGCCCAUACUAUGGGUAGACGAUUAACUGCAGAAAGUGAGAAUGCCUUUCUCAUUCUUUUAAUCUUGGAUUGUGGUUGAAUUCUGAUGGAACUUUGUUAGUAGGAAACUAAAGAAUAUUUGUUUUCAAUAUGGAGGAAAAGAUCACAGAUGAAAACGACGAGGAUCAUGUUUAUAUUUUGAGCCUUCUGAAAAGUAUGAAAUCCCCAAACAGAUUCACUAAUGAUAGUGGGACAACUGGAAAUUCAGCAAAUAUCAGUUCAAAUAGUUUAGUAGUCAUGGAUAAUGAUUCGAAUACAAGUGAAAGUUUAUCCCCUUCAUCAAGUGGAGAAUUUCCAGAUGAAGAUUUGAUGGACAACUUCAACAAGAUGAAGACGGGACAUAAGUUAGACGAUUAUAUUUUGGACAUCCUGAAAAGUGAAAAAUGCAAGAAAAAUCUUCACUUUGAAAGUCACAAAACUUCAACCAAUUCUUUUCUUGUUUCUGUCAAUUCUGACUCUUCAAUGGAUUCAGAUGAAAGUUCAGCAAAACCAGAUUCAUUGGAAGUAUCUGAUGUCUUAAAUAAGCAUGGCUUGCCAAGUCAUAAACUGGAUGAUGUUUUACAUGUUGCUUUGAAAAUUGUGAAACCAUUGAAUAUGAAGAUAGAAAAGGUUCAACAUUGUGAAGGGAAAAGGCCAGCCACUUCAAACUCCAGUGAGAAAGGAAAUAGUAAGUCAACCCCGGUGUAUACUUGUCAUAUGUGUAACUUUAUUUUUAACUCCAAAGACAACAAGAAUAGACAUAUGGCAAGUACACACAGUAAAAGGUUAUCCAUAAGAGGACAUGGUAAAUUGAGAAAAAAUGCAAAUAAAACACAUAAUUAUGCUUCAGAAACAAAGGAGGGUUUAUGUGAUUUAGACAAGUUAGAAAAGUAUAAAAUGUCUAGUAUGCAUUCAAAUAGUACUGACCAUGAAGAUGAACAUUCUCAAAACAUUUUAAAAGAUUUCCGAGCAGAAAAUGGAAAUGAAUCCUACACAGUAUUGAAAAUGAACAAAAUGUCAACUGAAACUGAAGAAUCACAUCCUGAAGCAGCAGAUUAUGAUUCUAGAGACUCUUUUGAUGAUGAAAAUACAAGUGAUUCAUAUUCAUGCAGAAGAGUUGAAGUAAAUAAUGUAGUCAGAAAUGAUGAUCUAAAACAGUGUUGUAGGACUAGGACCUUCUCAGAACACAUGGUGUUAUUGAAUAAACAUCCCAAGAAAGCAAAGGAAAAUAAUCAGGACAGAGAAAUUAUACAUCAAGACAACACAGAGUCUUCCAGCAGUUUGUCUUGUCAGGAAACAGUCAUAGAAGCAGAAGCAAAAUUUCUCCCAGAAUUGACAGAGAAUUGCUUGAAUUCUGAAGUUUCACAUCCUAAAGGAAUUGAUGAAGUGUCAUCAUCAUCUUUUUCUUCAAAACAAUGUUCAUCAUCUAAAUCAUCAGCAUCAAAUCAUCCACCUGUGUAUCCACAGCAACCAGAUUCACCUGUGUCUCCACAGCAACCAGAUAUAACAAAACCAGGUGCUUUGUUGAGGGAAAAGCACUGGAUUAUCCUUGAUGCAUCCAACAAUUUUAAUGGACCCUUCUACAGUGAUAUGGGAAACCAUCAAGGCAUUCACACCAAAAGUGAGGAUAUAGUUGGAAUUAAAUCCAUAGAUGAUUCUAGCAAAAAUAUAUCCUUAUUUCAGAGUUGUGUGCCAAUUUCAAGUGAUUCUCUUGAUGUUUCAAAUCUCAGCAGCAGUUGUUCAACUAGAAGUGUUAAUGAGUGCAUGGAAAUUAACAGUGACACUAUUCACCCCACAACCUUUAUGGAAAUUGGUCCUAAAGAUGAGUAUACCUCACAAGAACAAGGAUCUGGAAAUGUCAUUGAAAAGUUUUGUUGUGCUAGACACUUAACCUUUUUGGAUUAUCUUUCCAACUACCAUCCGUUCAAAAGAUUGACUUUCAAAACUGAAAACUCAUCACGUGAUGCUUCUGCUUUUUCACCACACAACUCCAAUACUUCUGGUGUGCUUAACAAUAGAUCUGUUCCUUCUCGAGACUAUAUUCUGUCACCACCAAAGAAGCGGUGGAAGAGUUAUUUAGAGGGAGAUUAGGACAUUGCUUUUAAUGAAGUUUUAUUUAUGUUUUGACUGAGAGUUGCCAUUGAAAAUAUCUUGUUUUAUUUUUCAUUUUAUUCAUAAAAACUGCAUGAUAAAGAAGCAUCUUUAACUUGAACUUUCUUUUUAUCUAUAUAAAAGGUUAACCAUUGGCUGUGACUUACAAGAUACACACUGCACAAGUUCAGUUUUUGAAUUCAUAGAGGCUGACUUUAUAGUCAGUUCUCUCAUUGUAUCCCCCUAUUGAGCUACUGCCUUCCUCUCAUGCAUGUUGAGGCUGUAUCGUGUUCGAUUACCCUCACAAAUUCAGGGGGUCCCAUGUCCACUCACGACUCUUGGAUGUAGCGCCAUGAGUGGACUGAUGACUCCUGAUUUUGUGAGGAU